AUGAGUCGAACAGCUCUUGCUCUCGUUCUGUUGCUGGUGCUGCAUAUUAUAAUUCAACAACAUUCCUGUCAAGCAGUUCAAUCUCUUGAUGACUUUUUCCCAUUCGGCUUUCCAGCGGGUGACACAAGUAUUCCAAGAAAUGACGAUGAAAGUUAUUGGUCAAUUCAAUUACCAUAUCUAUUUCCUUACUUUGAUAAUAACCAUCGUCAAAUCUACCAAGUUAACAAUGGUCUUUUCUCCUUUUUGGGUCCUAUUUCGACAUACAACCCAAUAGAGUUUCCUAUUGCCAAUGAUCAACGUUUGAUUACUCCGUCCUGGUCGGAUAUUGACACCAGAGGAAGCACGACAAAUUCAUCUGACAAUUGUGUUUACCAUCAUGUUUAUACUCGACGUGAUUUAAAUUCGACCAAUUUAGCUGCAUCAGUACUUGAUAAGGUCACGUUUUUCGUCGGACAAUAUUUUCCUCGUAAGACAAACUUCCAAUCAUCAAUGGUGAUUGUGGGUACGUGGUAUCGUGUAGAAUACUAUAACUCCAAGACUGAUAAACUCAAUACUUUUCAAAUGGUGCUAGCAACAGAUGAAUCACGAAGAUUUGCUUUUUUUCUCUACAAUGAUCUACAAUGGACUAGUCCAGAUCAAUCUAAUUCAUGGGCCAGGCAGGCUUUAAUGCAGGCGAUGGUAUUACUUUUAAGAUGUAUAGGAAUCACUUUGAAAGGCCCCUGCUUCUCAUCAAACAAUUCAAAUAUCAUAUGUCGCUUUGAUAAAUUCGGAACCGCGAAAGGAUUAAUACUGAAUGAAUUUCAAGCUACCUGUGUGUCACUACUCGCUGCUUAUGCUGAUACUGUCGAAUUAAGCGUUUCCUUUGGUGAAGGUAAUUCAUUCAAUUAUUCGGGUCGUUUUACAUACAUGCCAACAACAAAUGAUAUGUUGACUAAAGAAGAAAUCAUCAUACGGAAAAAUGGCAAAAAGCCGAAAUGCUUGUCAUUUGGAAGGACACUAUUGAACUUGAAUGGAAAUUUUCUGAGGCGGAUGUGA